AGGGUAGGUAGUCCACCUCCUCCUUCACGGGCUGUCCUGCGAUAACUUCAAAAUGGAUAGCAAGACGUCAGUUAUCCCUGUUGCGUGCGUUGUGUACAGAAGCUCGGGUUCAGGGACAGUAGUUGUCUUGUGGUUGCCUGGACCCUUCACCAUCGCCGAUGUGAGGUCCUCCCUGAAACGAAGUGCUGGGGUCAAUAGUAUGAAGGGAAUGGAUUUGUACCGAGUCGCUCAACCCUCUGUACCCAUUACGGCUACCAAGGUACUGGAUGGGGUAUUUAAAGACGACGCAUUCCGACGAGAAGGUGCCAUUAUACGCUUGGCCGACGAUUACGCAACAUUAUCGAGUGUCUUUCAGGGCAGCGUAGCUAACCAAGACGCCCAGGAUGCCGAUCUUUUGGUGAAUAUGAUUGCGGUUGUACUUGAUGAGCCUCGUCCUGAAAAUGACGCCGACGAAUAUGCGUCUGCCGCACCACCACCUGCAUACGACGAUCCUUCGCAUGUGUCCUCGUUCGAGACAUCGUCCUCUACCGCAUACGCCCCAAUUUCCUCGUCAUCGCAUCUAUCGACUUCAAUUCCACAACAGUUUCCCAUAGCUGGGGCUGCUCAUUUGUCAUCGCAACCCGGCCAAUAUGUGCAUGCACAUGCAUCUUACCAAGGAUUAUCAGAAGGUUCUACCAGCGUGCAAUCCGUUGAGACUCCCCACAGAGCAUCCUACGCACCUUCUCCAUCGCCGGUGCCUUUGCGUAUCCAGUCAGCCCAAGGAGCAUCAUACGCGCCUUCUCCAUCGCCGAUCCCUUUGCACGUGCAGCACAUGCAGUCAAGCCAGAGAUUUUCGCAGCUCUCCUCAAUAGCUUCACCGACUCCAUCAAACGUAGCCUCCAAUCGCUCUUCGUACGUUCCUUCGUCCAACUAUGAACUACGGGACGAGGUAACGGUCGUUGAGCCUGAGCGGGUAUUACCGGUUGUGGUACAGCCAAAUAUUCCACCAAAAGACACGUCUGCUGCAUAUGCAAUCAAAGAAGUCUCGCCCACCAAAUCAAACAAGAAGAAAAUUACGUUGAUAGCAGUUAUUCUGUUGCUUGUGGUGGCGAUAGCCCUACUAGUACCGGGACUCCUGGGCAAGUUCAGCAAGUCCUCAUCGGAAUCGAACGAUACCGCUCCGAAAAGUGGGCUAUUUAGCUUUGGAGCUGUAGAAGCAGUGGGCAUCGCGGAUGGGAUCGCUAAUGAAGAUUCAGCAUUCCUUAUGCUGAGUCAGGAUGAUAAGUGGCUGUUCUAUCCCUCAAAUAACGGACAGGUCAUCAGAGCCGACUCCGGAACCGGCAGUGUAGUCUAUACAUACUCGAGCGCCAACUGCACGAAGCCAGGAGAAUUCAACAUGUAUACGCCACCGGACUAUUCAACCUUCCUCUACACGUGCCAUGGAGCAGCGAAUCGGACGCAAGUCCUUCAGUUCAACAUUUUAACCGGUGCUUUACUUCGUACGUACAAUGCAAACGCAGAAACUGUCUCGGCUCCAACUUUUGCAUCCAGUGGAUUCCUGUAUGCAACAAUGUCACGUAUGGGUACCUUGGUUAAUGGAUCGCCAGGCUCCAUUACCGACAUCGUCAAAUGGUCUCCGAACAGUCCUGACGUCCGGAUCAUCUCUCCGCCAGCCAACUUGAGCGUUCUCGCGGACCAAGUAUAUUUUCCCCUCAGCGAUCCUCGGUACGGUUACAUUGGAGUAGACUAUGCCGGCGGUGUACCAGGCGUCCUACGUCUAGAUACGCAAACGGAUACGUUCUCUUGGGAUUACGUGUAUACCAGUCCAGAACCACACAUGGGGAUCAAGGGACUUGCCGUGACGCCCAAUGGACGCUACUUGUAUUCAACAGUGGGAACUAGCUCAGUUGUACAGUGGGAUAUUACUACCAAGCAGAUCAGACACUUCUUCAAUACGAACCACGGACGGAUUACCGGGAUGGGCACUUCACCCGACUCGAGUACCUUGAUCACUUUUGGUACCGAUUUUAUAUUCAGAGCUUGGAGCGUGGAAGAUGGGAAGCUUCUUGACAAAUAUGUUGUAGGAACAGGCGUGCUUGAUUAUAGCCUGACGUCUGACGGCCGGACCUUGUACAUGGUUACAGCCGAUAAGAAGAUUUCACGGGUGCAUUUGAAAGUCAAAGGGCAAUGAUCUGGAUUUGUUGUUUCGGUUUUGGAGGUGGAGAUAGAUAUAUGUAUAUAUUUAUCGGUCCGUUUGUGCAGCUGGUCUGUAGGAAACUAGAUGAGGGUCUGGCGAGAUUGACGGACAUUGUUGGCAGUUUUCAUAUUGUGCAAUUUUUAUCCUUAAAUAGAAACCAUGUUAGAGUUCUUUAAAUAUUUUGAAAGCAACUCAUCACACA